CCUAAUAUAUACAAAAGUUAACCGUCCCGUUGACCUUUGUUGUUUGACAAAUUAGAUAACAGUUACAAUCGGAAAUACGGGGUUUGUCCCCUCAGACUUAUGUUGGUCGACAUCAAUAAAAUGGAACGCGUCCAGAAUGCCCAUUGUUGCUCGGUCUCGUUACAUUUGGAUUCUGUGUUUACACCUGUGGAUUGUCAAUGCCGUCUUUCGUGAUCUUCUUUCAUGUCGGGCUAACAUCAGAUGCUCCUCACAGAGAAACGUGACAUGCCGCUUCAUUGAUGCAGGACCUUUUACAACUGUUCAUAUGACGUCUGGGCCAUUUCCUGCCGCCCCUAGAUGUCUCAGUAUCACGGCGAGUCCUCUACUAAACAGGGCGGGGCUACAGCUGGUGAUCACGUGGGCAGGACCUGCUGAUGGAUCCUUUUUAUUCCUUCGAGGAUUUUACCUGGAAAUAGCUCAAUCCUCCAACACCUAUCCAGCUGGAAGUUACAUCAUAGAUCUCAGUGAUAAUGGCCACAUCUUCAGCAAUAAAUCUUUGUUCUCCUUAUUAACGAAUGAGACUUUCCAGAUGAGGUGUGAGUAUAAUGAACCGUUAACACAGCCCCUCUACGUCUAUGUAUCGAGUCUGCCAUCUCCUUCUGAUCUGAAUUAUCUGGAUGAUGCUUGUAAAUUAACCCUCGACUAUCCUCCAUCUAUUUCCAACACCGCCGAGAUGUCAUUGGGAAUAACCGCUGUGAAUAUGAAUCCUCCUACAAAUGGAAUAUCCUAUAAAGAGGACAAAGAUUGGUAUGCCGUCGCAAUAAUAAUUCCUUCAGCUGUAAUUGUUACAUUACUUACUAGUGUCAUCAUUCUCUCUCUCUGGCGAAAACGAAAACUGUCGACCAGAGUGUCUAUUCCAUCAGAAUCCGAUCAGCACAAUUCUGGCCAAUCAGAAUUUUAUCAGCCACUUUCUGACCAAUCAGAAUUUUAUCAGCCACUUUCUGACCAAUCAGAAUUUUGCCCCUCUACACCAAGUCAAUCAAGAGAUAGUUCCAACCAGUCAGAAUCCAAUCUAUCAACUUGUGUAUCAGAACAAAUCUCUAUCAUAUCUACAUUUGAACAGUCGGAUCCUAUUCAAUACAUCUCUGACCAAUCAGGAUUUGACCGAUCGGGUUCUGGCCAAUCAUUGCCUUUACCACUUAUGUAUAACCAAUCAGGAUCUUGUCCACUGCAUUCUAACCAAUCAGUGACUAUACUUAACACAAUGGAACCACCAGGAUCUCAUUUUUUAUAUGACAUCUCGGAGGCUAGUUCCGCUAGCUCUGAACAUACAGAGGAUAUAUGUACACAACUAGGUUUGCGUGUAUCCGUCGACCAACUACGUGGCAGUCAUGUUUGUCGGACGAAAUAUGUCAGAGAUUGGCUGUAUGAACUAGAAUGUGUAACACCGGAAGUGUGUAAUCAAAGGGACUCAAAAACGUCGACAAUAGAUGAAGAAAUCAAACAGGAGUUUCUCAUGUUAAAUUUUUCCAAAAUUGUGUAGAAAAUAAAACGACAGCUUUAGCUUUUCUAGCAAUGGAUGUAAAGUUAAUCAGUGUUAUUCUUUUGCAUCGUUUAAUUUUGCCUUAGAAUGUCAGAACAAUGUUAUUAUUUAAAAAUGAGAUUUAAGGCGUUUGAUCUCUGUGUAUUUUUUAACCAUUUUAAAAUCUAAAGAGGAACAUUUCGUUCAUUUGCUCUGCAGAAAAAUAUAUCGUUUCAUUUCCGUUCAUAGCUGCAGACAUAUGUGGUUAAAUUCGGGCUCACGGUUCGUUGAGCUACAAUCGCAACUUCGACCAGAAA